AUGGCCGCUGAGACUAGUUCUCGAUCCGUAAAGCAACCUGAUUCAACUUGGGAAUACUGUGGUGUGAAUUUAACCAUUCACAACAUUAUUAUACCCGAGGAGCGUUUAUUUCCUACCCCGUCGCAGCUGGACAAAAUGGAAUAUGAAACGGAGAUUGACUUAAGGAUUCUUGGGUGCGAGUUAAUCCAAGAUUCUGGGGUUUUGUUACGGCUGCCGCAAGUCGCUAUGGCAACUGCGCAGGUAUUGUACCAGCGCUUCUUCUACUCCAAGUCAUUUGUCCGUCACUUCUACGAGCAUUACGCUAUGGCAUGUAUAUUUCUGGCUGCAAAGCUUGAAGAGUCUCCAAGACGUAUUAGAGACGUAAUCAAUGUUUUUCAUCAUAUAAGACAAGUUCGGGAUAAAAAAACACCGACACCCGUGAUUCUCGAUCAAAGUUACAGUAAUCUUAAAAAUCAAGUUAUCAAGGCUGAACGACGUGUUUUAAAAGAAUUAGGAUUUUGUGUCCAUGCCAAACAUCCUCACAAGCUUGUUAUAUGUUACUUGCAGGCUUUGGACCAUGAAACUAACAAAAACCUUGUUCAAGCUGCUUGGAAUUACAUGAACGACAGUCUUCGAACUGAUAUAUUUGUACGUUAUCUUCCGGAAGCAAUUGCAUGUGGUUGCAUUUAUCUAGCAUCAUGUAAGCUCAACAUUCCUCUGCCACGCCACCCAGCUUGGUGGGAAAUGUUCAGUGUGAGCGAAGAAUCUGUGCACGAAAUCGCUUUAUGUUUGUUACGUUUAUAUGCUCGUCCAAAGGUAGAUGUUGGGAAACUCGAAUCAGUUCUAGCUCAACUCAGGAAAUCUCAGGCUGAAGCAAAGGAACGAGAAAAUGAGCUCAGAAAACAACAAACCGUCACAACACCCCCAAGUACCCGGUCCGACCACAGUUUCGGUUAUAUCUCACCCCCAAAUCAUUUAUCCAAAUCUAAGAAUCAAAACAAGCCUAAUGGGAAUAAGAAGUCAGUAGAUAGUAAAGCUGAGCCUGAAGAUACUUCUACUGUUUUCGCUCCAAACUCGCUUUUAGCAAGCGCCUUAGCUAAUGCCAAAGCGGUCGCAGCAACGAUUACAGCAUCAAAAUCUGGUAUGAUCACAGACGAGUUGUCCAAAGUGGGUACUGACCCGUCAAUUGUUCCACAUAAACGCGAAACAAGUGAAGAUGUUUCACCAAGAUCUCCAAAAACAUUGGUUGAACCUAAUCAGAUAGAUAAUAUAUCCGAUGCUUCGAAUAAGAAGCCUGAUAGAACUGUACAAGGAAACUCUGAGACCAAACGACGACCAAUUAUUCGACCAGCUGCCUACUCAAAUAUUCCGUCUACUAACACAGAAUCCGACAAAAGACGUCGACAUCAUCGACACAAAUAUUCAUCUAAAAAGCAUCAUUACAAUUCGAUCUCCUCAUCAUCUUCGUCAUCUGACCGAGAGACCGAUCAAAACCGUUAUAAUUCAAUAAACUUACUGACAAAUAACUCCAAAUCUCGUAAUUAUCGACAAAAAUUAAAUGAUAUAUCAUCCUCUGGCUCUGAAACAGGUGAUAGUUCAUCAAGUCCUAACAAACACAUAGUUAAUGUGCAUGAUCGCAGAAAAAUCUACAAUAAUAAACGUAAACAUAUUCCACGCUCUUCAUCAGAGGAUUCCCAAACAUCUUCUUUCAGUGAUGAACCGCGUUUUUCCCCGACUCAUCAUAAUCCGGUAAAAUCUAAAAGCGGUCGCCGUCAUUUAUCACCGCCCUAUGCCUACCGAAUCGAUUAUGAUAAGUCACAUAAAAGCAAACAUCAUUCAUCAUUGCGAUCUGCACCAAACGGUGAAAGUGGUCGUAUAUUGCGUGAGCACUCUAACCAUCGUCUAGUUUCGAGUCGACAUCAUGAUCAUCACCGAAGAAAUUUUAUGAGUAUUAACUUUUUUCACUGGUUGCCUGUACGGUAUGAUUGA